GAAAGUCGCAUCUGUACAUUUGAAUUUGUGUCAAGAAACAACAAAAAGAAAUUUAAGAUUGAUUUCCUGCGGCUUUUGAUCGACGCUCCUCUCUGACCUUCGACUUCGAGAAAGAUAGAUAUUUCAAGACUCAUCUGCGAACCAACCGCCCCUUAUCAAACAUUCAAAUUCAAUCAUCUCAAACAACAUCUCCCCCACGGAAUCAAGUCCAAAGAAUAGAGAAUUCACACCCACGAAAAUACUUCUCAAAGUUUACUUCCAAAUCGGGAAUCAUGUGCAAAACAACACACACGCACUUCAGCUGUCUAUGCACAACCCUCGUAGUGCACUCAUGCGCCCUUAAUUUUCCACUCGGUCGAAUGGUCUGUGGCCCACCUAAUCUAAUCAAGAAAGACAUACAUGUCUAUUCAGACUGCGAUGAUUGUUUACUCGGCGCCCCUAUUAGAGAAGAGAGACGAAACAGACUAGAUAAGAAGGCGAGUGAGAGAUGGAUGACGAUUGUGGAUGAUGUUAUUAACGAUGGAGAUGAACAUGGCGAGGGAGUGGAGGAAAUCAGAUUAGAAUGUGCGGAUGAGAGAGCUGGGGAUGAAGGAGAGGGGGAAGUUUAUGAUGGGGGUGAGGAUCGCGAUAGAGAUAUGGAGGAAGAAUGGGAAGUUUUGAUGAAUAGACAGAAGAACAAGCAUGAGUAUCAGGAGGAAAAUGAAGACGAAGAUGCGCGAUUGUUAGCUGCUCAAGAGGCAAUCCAAUCUGAGCUCGAAAACUCCGAAGGCACCCCCGAUGAAGAUGACGAUAUGGCUGCUGCAGCACAGUUACUCUCAGCGCUUAGACAAGAGCUCGGAAAGGGUAAUAUGGAUUCAAAGGACGCAGAUAUUGACCAGAGUGAUGAGGGCAAGGAAGAGGGAGAUGAUGGGGAAUCCCAGGAACAUGUGCAGGCGAUUAUGGAGAAUCUGGGGAAGCUGAGAGAGAGGAGCGAAAAAGUAGAAGUUGAUUCUAUGCUAGCGGAGCAGGAAGAUUGGGGAAUGUAGAAAGGAUAAUUGGAAAGUUGGCUUGUCAGUGCGUGGCAUUGUCAUGCUUGUCGUCUCUUCAUUGGAAUAUGCUUGAUUUAGCUAGGUUCAUGCACUUUCAUGGAAUCGUUUCUCUGGCA